AUGUAUGCAAAACUAGAAUUUCUUGUUCAAUGGCCAGACCGACAAUCAGUUAUACAGACUCUACCACCAGAGUUCAAGGAGAAGUUCCCCCGAUUAACGUCAAUCAUAGAUUGUUUUGAGAUAUUCAUUGAUUGCCCUGGAAAUUUAUUAUCCCGUCAGAAGACUUACUCUAACUAUAAAAAACACACUACAGCAAAAGUAUUUGUUGCUUGCAGUCCCAUUGGUGCUAUCACCUACCUGUCUCUAGCAUGGGGUGGACGUGUCUCAGAUGUUGAAUUAGUACAGAAGUCUGGAUUUAUUUCAAGGUCAUUACAUUACCCAGGGGACCAGAUUCUUGCUGAUCGAGGCUUUACUCUCAAAGAUGACUUUGCUACAAUCUGUUCUGUAGAACUUAUAAUACCUGCAUUCACAAAAGGCUUAAAACAGCUAUCAGCUUCGCAAGUUGAAUUAUCCCGGCAAAAAUCAUCAAUUUGCAUCCACACUGAACGUGUUAUAGGCCUUCUAAAGAACAGUUAUACCAUUCUUCAGGGUACACUUCCCAUCCACAUUGUCAAGUCUCUUAAAUAUGAAGCUGAUGAUGCAAAGGUUGCUAGUAUUGAUCGUCUACUGAGAGUUUGUGCAGUACUGGUCAAUUUGGGAAGCAGCAUUGUAUUUAAGGGUUAA